AUGAAACCGCCGUCAUUCAAGGGAGGAAUAGAACUAAUGAAAGUUGAAGCAUGGGUGCUGGGAAUAGAGAAACUGUUUGAAGUAUUUCCUUGUACCGAAGUCCAGAAAGUGCAACUUGCCGCCUUCACUCUUGAAGACGAGGCGCGAAGAUGGUGGAUGCUUACGAGAACUGUGCAUCAAGGUUUAACAUGGGAUAGAUUUUUGGAGCUGUUCUAUGAUAAGUACUUUCCCCAAAGUAUACGAGAUAAAAAGGUGACUGAAUUUGAAACUCUAAGACAAGGAAGUAAGACCGUUGCAGAAUAUGAAGCUCAAUAUGCAGAACUAGCUCGGUUUGCGCCUCAUAUGGUGGAUACGGAUUAUAAGAAGGCACGAAAAUUUGAAGGGGGAUUACGGGGUGCUAUCCUAGACCGGGUCAAUAUGUUGAAGCUACCUACUUAUGUCGAUGUGUUAGAAAGGGCUGUUAUAGCAGAAGGAAACCUUGCUGCUCAGAAUCGGAUUUCCGAGUGGAAAGGGAAGAGGCAGAACAAUCAAUGGUCAAAGGGGUUAGUCACCCCCACCAAGUAA